AUGCCCAGCUCUACUGCAAUGGCAAUUGGAGCUCUCUCUAGUUCUCUUCUCGUAACCUGCUGCCUCAUGGUUGCCCUCUGUAGCUCCACCAUACCUGUACAAAAACUGGCCAAGGCUCAAGACAAACAGGAGAUAAAGGCGAGCCAGGAAAAGAGGGAUCACACAUCCACAAGGGACAGCCAGACAGGCCCAGGGAAAAUGAAUGAGAUCGGCAGGAGCGGGAGGGAGGAGGGUAGCCGGGACUGGAAGAGCAAAGGAAACAGGAACUACUCGAACAAGGAGUCUUGGACUAAGCAAAAGCAGGCUUGGAACAGCCAGGGGACGAGCAGUAAAUCCGGGAGCAUUCAAGCGCAAGAGCAAAGGGACGCUGCUCCAGAGGAACCUCAGGUGGCUGAAGACUCGCCUCUCCCAGAAGCUGUUGCGAGCGUCAGUCCCGAGCCCCCGGAGGAGUACGCCUAUCCGGACUACCGUGGGAAAGGCUGCGUGGAUGAGAGCGGCUUCGUCUAUGCCAUCGGGGAGAAGUUUGCGCCGGGCCCCUCUGCCUGCCCCUGCCUCUGCACAGAAGAGGGCCCGCUGUGCAUACAGCCCGAGUGCCCCAGGCUCCACCCUCGGUGCGUCCAUGUGGACACCACGCAGUGCUGCCCGCAGUGCAAGGAGAGGAAGAACUACUGCGAGUUUCGCGGGAAAACCUACCAGACCCUGGAGGAGUUCAUGGUUUCUCCGUGUGAGAAGUGUCGCUGUGAAGCCAAUGGUGAAGUGCUGUGCACUGUCUCGGCUUGUCCCCAGACGGAGUGUGUGGAUCCAGUGUAUGAGCCUGAUCAGUGCUGUCCUAUCUGCAAAAAUGGCCCGAACUGCUUUGCAGAAACCAUUGUCAUUCCAGCAGGCCGGGAGGUGAAAACUGAUGAAUGCACUAUAUGUCACUGUACUUACGAAGAAGGCACUUGGAGAAUUGAACGGCAAGCUAUGUGCACUAGACAUGAAUGCAAACAAAUAUAG